CUUCCUUUGGUCUUGCCUGACAUCACUUCCGAGAGAGCGUCUUUCUUGCGUUUCCAAGCAUUGUGAAGUUCUUCCUCCGUGAAGCUUUCGGGCUGAGAGGAUCGAUUCAAAAGAGGACGUUCGCGUGAUUAACCAGCUUCGCAGAUAUGAGUGAGGCAGAAGUAAAUCCUAAAGCUUAUCCACUUGCUGAUGCUCAGCUCACCAAGACACUGCUUGAUCUUGUACAGCAGUCAUGUAACUACAAACAGUUACGCAAAGGAGCCAAUGAAGCUACUAAAACCUUGAACAGAGGAAUUGCUGAAUUCAUUGUGAUGGCUGCAGAUGCUGAUCCCCUUGAGAUCAUCCUUCACCUCCCACUUCUCUGCGAAGACAAGAAUGUGCCCUAUGUGUUUGUGCGUUCCAAGCAGGCCCUUGGUCGGGCAUGUGGUGUUUCUCGGCCUGUCAUUGCUUGUUCAAUUACUAUCAAAGAAGGCUCACAGCUAAAGCCUCAAAUUCAGUCUGUCCAACAAGCUAUUGAGAGACUAUUGGUCUAAAUCUGUCAGACCACUUACCUACUAAAAAAAAGACACAUGCAAAAAGAAUACUUUGUUUAUAUCAAUUUCUGUUCAAGUCUUGUCAUUUGUACAGUGCUUACUUCUAUGGAACUUUUGUUUUCUACCAGAUCUCUCUUCCUUCUGCUUGCCUCAGUCAUACUUGCUCUUUAAAACUUUAACAAGAGACUGGUCAGUCUUUCUUUUAAGUUCUUCCUCCUAGUGCAGCUCUCUUCAAUGGAAUUAGGCUACCCUUGUUGGCAAUGAACAAACUUCAUUUGCAAAAGAAUAUUAGGCUGAGGUAAAUGCAAAACACAUGACCUUGUUCUGGCCAAUAUGUUGGCCCCCUGAAAGUGUAUCUUUAAGCUGUUUUAUCCCCAUUCCUUUAUGGGGACAAGUGUAGAACAGAGCAUGGCCAGAAUGCUAGUCCUGAUACAACUUGAUAUAACACUGUAUGAAAAAAAGGGCAGAUGAAAUUACAGGUGGUAAUUUUUUAAAAAAAUAAAUAAAUUACAAUUAUGUA